CCCAAAGAAAACAAGCACUUGAGCCUCACUGCAACGUCCAACUACCACGACUGCCCGGCGCUUCGCAAUGUCGCAUCCUGCCGCCGGUCCACCCUAGUCGUCCGUCCAAUCAUGCAGCGGGCGGCAGCUGAGAGAAGCGCGCGAUGGCUGCUGUUCAGCGACCUCCACUUCAAGCACAAGGACCUGGACCGCGUACGGCUCACGGCGCAAUGGAUCGUGGCGCAGGCCGAGCAGCACCACGUGCGGCGGGUCAUCGUCUGCGGCGACUUGCUGACGAGCCGGACGAUGCAGCCGACGCACGUGCUGUCGGCGUGCUACCGCUUCAUCAGUGACCUCAGCGACGUCGUGCCGCACAUCAACAUCGUGCUCGGCAACCACGACCUGGCCUACCGGCGUGACUACCGCACAACCGCCCUCGACGCGCUCGGCAUGCGGCGGCUGUCUCCGUUUGUGUCUCUGCACAGCGGGAUCGAGCGUGACGUUUGGGAUGGCCAUCGCGUGCUGCUUCUGCCCUUCCGCGAGGAGCAAGAAGAGCUUACGGCCGCUGUGGACGCGCUGGAUCCGGCCGAGGCGAUGGAGACGCUGGCCUUUGCCCAUCUGGCUAUUAACAAAGCUAUCACCCAACGACAUAUUGUGCCAAGCCCUAGCAGGAAAACGCCCCGUCCUCCUAGUACCAUCAGGUACCGAGGCCUAACCGGCCCGGGUCGCUUCGCUUCGCUCGCGCGGACUUUUACGGGGCAUUUCCACAGUCAUCAAGUUUUGCGCCAAGAGCCGCCGGAGGGCAGUGCUGCCCACACGGAUCCCCUGCAAGGCAGCGUGAUGUACCUCGGCUCACCACUGCAGCUGACCUGGGCCGACUUGCGCGACGAGCAGCGGGGAGUUGUUCUGUGCGACCCCAGCACGCUCGCGUGCGAGAUGCUCGUCAACCCACACGCCAUAGGCUACACUACCAUCGACGUCAAUGAUGUACUCGAUGGAACUGUCGACGUGGCAGCUAUAGCGGAAAAGCACGUCAUGCUCCUCGGCGAGCUGACCCGUUUCAAGUAUGCAACGGCCCGCGACCAGCUGCUGUCCCUCGGCGUGCGGAGUGUGCGGAACUGGAGCCCCAUGGGCCCUGUCAUCCAGGCCGGCCAUCGAGCUUCUGGAGCCUUCGGCGCAUCCGUACCUUCGAGCGAUGCUGCCGUCCAAGAACUGGAACAGCCAGCCGAGGACUCGGUGGAACGGGACACAAAGAGUGACAUCUCGGUCCCACUAGAGACGGAGAUAGGGCCAACACCACAUCGGCUUGAUCUUGGGGCCGAGGCGCAGAAUUAUGUUAAAACCCUAUCGUUGGAUUCAUCCCUUGAGCCAAGGCGAAAGGAGCUGAUCCAAGCUGGGCAGCGCGUCAUCCAAGCCUCCAGUACAUUCACAAAUGAGGACAGCGAGGCAGAAAUCCACUAUCACGAUUUUUUCGGCGAGAAUCCAGGUCCUGUGACUUCACAAGGCUCGGCUACGCUAGCAAGAGCAUCGAGCGAUGUCUUUGUUGCAGAGCCCCAAUCUCUAACUAUCAAGAACUUUCUCGGUGUGCAAGGCGUCCUUACCAUUGACUUCAAGAGAGGUUUGCCGCGCGGACUAGUCUUUCUGGUGGGCGACAAUGGUUCUGGCAAAAGCACCAUCGUCGAGGCCAUGGUAUGGUGUCAGUUUGGGCGGUGCAUCCGCAGUGGCUUGGCGGCCAACGAUGUCAUCAACGAUACGGCGGGCAAGGAUUGUUCCGUCAGUUUAGCAUUUUCCAACGGCUACACCAUAACAAGGCACCGCAAGGACAAAACGUACAAAAACCGCAUCAUUGUGUCGUUAAACGGCGAGCCGCAAACCCAGAUGGAGCACCCUGAUGCGCGCACAACGCAAGCAGCCAUAGACGAGCUGCUCGGCAUCGACUACGAGACGUACGUUCGGUCAGUUGUGUUGGGCCACGAAAGUGCAGCAAGUUUCUUGAACUCGACGUUAACACAGCGACGAAACCUCAUUGAACAGUCUUUGGGACUGUCCACGCUGACCCGGUGUGGGCAAAUGUCGAGGCUUAUCCUUAAGGACCUUGACUUGGAAGUGACCGAAAUCCAGAAAAGGAUUGCUGGUGUCGAGAGAGUGAUGGAGUCCAACGAGAGGGAACAGAGGGACUUAAAAAAAUCACAAAAGCGGCUCACCCUGGAGGCAGAAAGGGUGGCCGUGACCCUGGAUGCCGCGGCGCAGCAACACAGUUCAGCACAACAGGAAACUGUCGAGCAGGGUCCAACACCAGCCCAAAACCUUGCGGAAGUGGACAAGCGGAUUGCUUUCAUCAGGCAGAAUAUGAAGCCGCUGCUAGAACAGAACGACUCAGCCGAGAUUUGCAUCGCCUUCCACGCCGAGAUUUCGAGCUCUCAACGACGCCUUUGGUUAGAACAAGGACGCUUGGAACGGCUCCGGAUCGAAUACAAUCGCCUGAUCAACCAAGAAGCAGCCAGACCAACAACGUGGUGGGAUCGAGCGCAACAGCGAUGUUUGCGGGAGCUCGAACUUGUAUCUACGGCGCAGCCCGUCGGCUUGCCGAAAAUCAUAUGCUUAGCAACAAUCCUCGCAAUCCGCACUCAGUUGUCCGCUUUAAAAGUCUGGGCUCGCAUGGCCAGGUUUUUCAAAAUGGAUAAAGACAAAAAUCUUAAAGACCUCGAGGCGGCGAUAGUGACUGUCGGCUUGGACAUGAAGAAUAUUACACGACUUGUUUCUCAGCUUCAGUUUGACACCGAGGCGGCUGCCGCAAUUGCGAGAGUGGCGGCAAAUCGUGGCAUGGACAGCAAAGAGGCGGAGAGGGUAGUAUCGGCUAUGCCGCUGGAAACUGCCAAAACAAUAAAAGAGCAACUCGGUCAUGCCGUCAGGGAGCAUUGGACUCUGCAGCAAGAGCGAAAUUCCCACCUUGAUGAGGCCAGGCUGUUGGCACGAAGAGUGGAAAGGGCGCGAAUCUCGGGAGAAAAGCAGGCCGGGGAGCAGGAGAAUUUGCAGCAUAAGCUGGCCGCGAAAAGGGGGGAAGCGGCAAUAUACGAGAGACUCGCCGAGGGGAAGAGAGCGAGCCUCACCUCGCUCCGGUGUGAGCAUGAAGACCUUGGCGCCGACCUUGUGCGCCUGGCGGCCACCCGCGAGCUCUUUGCCUUCUGGGCCUCGGCAUUCGCGAAGCGCACGCGCCGAAUCUCGACAGCCGAGUCGACAAAAGCCAUCGCCACCUUCCGCGAGUACGUGCUCAACCAGUCGCUCGCCGAGCUGAACACGCUUCUGCCGCAGGUCCUGACGGUUCUUUAUGACGACACACGUCACGCGAGGGCCAUGACGACGGGAAUCCUGCGCGCGCUGUUCGAGAGCGACGACGGCGGUGGACCCCUGGACACAGUGGACACAGCAACACCCGUGCUCGACAACACCCUCGCCGUCCACCCGUCCCUCGCGUACGGAAAGCGGUCCAGCGGCGAGCGUAAGCGCAUGGACCUCGCCGUGUUUUUUGCGCUGCUCCAGGUGCGCCAUGCGCGCAGCUCCCACCGCGCCCAUUACGUGCUGGUCGACGAGGUGUUCGACAGCCUCGACGAGGCAGGCCAGGCCGCCGUCGUGCGCUGGUGCGCCUUUGCCGCCCGCCGGGUUGCCGGCUGGAUCGUGGUUAUUACACACUCGCGUGUCCUUAUCGACCAAGCCAACCGCUAUCACAAAGAGGCGGAUGAUGGCUACGACCUGGGCUCGGUUGUCACAAUCCGUGCGCACAUGAAGGAAAAUGGCAUGGAACUGUGCUUUAAUAAAGAUUAAUAACUAUGGUCACCAUCUCUCCUUGCUUCACAUCCACCUCGGGCACCGUCACGUUCUUUCCGCUUCGUGCGACCUUGCAGCAGCCUGAUAAGCACUUUUAAGCUUGCCCUCUGCUAUUUUCUUACAAAGGCCAGCCCGCAACCCAGUACGCGUUGCCCAAGUUUUUACACCAGUCGCUGCCGUAUCCACACUUAAAGUCCUCGGGCAGGCGCGCCGGCUUUAAGCUUUCCGCACCUG